AUGGCGAGGGGAAGGGGGAAAAAGAUGACCAUUCUUACAAGAGACAAAGCGAAGGUCCAGGUUAUGGGCAUACAUGACAUGGAAGGGAAAGAACAAUGGCCAGCAUUAGUGGGUUCUAAAACCCCAAUUUUGCACACUGAAACCCCAAUCCAGACCCCUGUGAUUGGGACUGGAAUGAUAAAUUCAGAACAGCCAGUAUAUGGUCUGCAUACCAUUGAUGAUAGAAGAAGUUUAUGGGGGAAGCUGAGGAGCAUUAACCUGAGACAGCAGGGUCCAUGGAUGUCUAUGGGAGAUUAUAAUGUUAUACAUAAAGCUGAGGACAGGUUGAUUGGUUCUACAAUCCAUAAAGCUGAAACUAAGGACUUCGAUUCUUUUUUGAAAGACACAAGAAUGGCAAUACUAAGAGCUAAUGGUAGGGAGUUCACCUGGAAUAAUGGGCAUACAUAUAACAAGAUUGAUUGGGCACUACAUGGAGAAUUUCAGAGGACAGUGCAAAUGGCUUGGCAGCAAAGUCACAAUACUGGUACAAUGUAUGGGGUAUGGCAGAAACUUAAAAGGGUGAAAAUAGCUCUGAAAGAACUGAAUAUUGCUGAAUAUCAGGGAGUGGAAACAAGAAUUAAGAUGUAUAGACAUCAGUUGCAUGAUUUGCAAAACAUUAUAAGGCAACCUGGGCAAAGUACUGAUAUUCUACAACUUGAAAAAGAGGUUAAGGAGAACUUGGAGAAAUGGCUAAACAUUGAAGAGAGUAUACUCAAACAGAAAUCGAUAGUGCAGUGGCUACAAUUGGGAGAUGUAAACACAUCAUAUUUUCAUUCUAGUUUGAAGAAUAGAAUAGUCUGA